AUUAAAAAAACAAUAAUAACAAAGUUUCUUUUCUUUAUUUAACCUUUAUGAUUCUCUGUCUUAUAUUCUUCUGGGUCUUCUGUAAAUCCUUGAUCUAGCUUGUUCGCUUUGUUUCAGUCAAGGAAUUCUCCUCUUUGAUCUGCCUAUAAAUCUACUAAGCAAACACCAAGGACAGUCAUCACAAGUUUUUUUUUUUAAAAAAAUGUCAAUGGACAUGAUGGCAACCGAACGUGUUUGUUAUGUUCACUGCAACUUCUGCAACACCACUCUAGCGGUUAGUGUUCCAUGCAGCAGUAUGCUCACCAUUGUUACGGUUAGAUGUGGACACUGUGCCAAUCUGCUAUCAGUUAACAUGGGAGCAUCACUUCAACCUUUUCCUUCUCAAGAAACUCAGCAUCUUUCUAGCGUUGCUAAGUUACAGAGACAGCACCUAAGUGUUCAAGAAGCAUGCAGCAAGGAACUGGGAUCAUCUUCAAAAUGCAAAUCAUUUGAGUCCGCAGAGCAUGAGCAACCUAGGAUUCCUCCAAUUCGUCCUCCAGAGAAGAGACAGCGUGUUCCUUCUGCUUAUAACCGGUUCAUUAAAGAGGAAAUACAAAGAAUCAAGGCCAGUAAUCCAGAUAUCAGCCACAGAGAAGCUUUUAGCACGGCUGCAAAAAACUGGGCACAUUUCCCUCACAUUCACUUUGGGUUAAAGCUGGAUGGCAAUAAGCAAGCAAAGUUGGACCAGGGAGAUGCUACUCAAAAGUCUAACGGAUUUUACUGAUUAUAUAUAAAUGGAAGUUUAUGAUUAUGAGCUGUUUUAUUCUGUGUUUGACCUAAAUCAGUGAAAAAAGAGGUUGAUGAUAUGAUUGGUAUUCUUGUGAUUGCAUUAAUUACUGUGUUGAACUUAGGCACUUAAGAAAACAAAGAUUGUAAGUUUAAUUAUCCUAUAAUAAGGCGUCGUUUUGUUUUGUAAUAA